GCUCGGGGCCAUGAGGAUGACUGGACCGGCAAGACUUCCGCUAAAGAACGUCGGAAACUGCAAAAUCGUCUCCAUCAGCGCGCUUGGCGACGCCGAAAAGCGGAGCGAAACGAUGCUUCAGCCCCAGAAAUCCAAGACCCACGUCCCGAUCCGCUCUCCUCAGCCUUUGCAGCAGCGACAGCUGCGAUAGCGCCUACGCAAGAUCCCCCAUCGACGCUCACCGAUGCACUGACACGCAUCCCACCAUUUGCAUAUUCUCCGGGAUAUCACUACCUGCUCACGCUCAUCCAAUACAACGUCAUGCGCGCCGUCAUCACAAACCUCAGUCUCUGCCAGAUCCUGCAACAAUUACCACUAGAAUGCCGCGCCGCGCUCAACAUACCACUGAUCCACCACCCACCCUCCACACUCCCUCCAACCUUCACAAAAACCAAAAUUCAACGCGAGAUGGAGCACAAUUCGUGGAUCGACGCCGUCGUCUGCGCCCAGCUGCGCGACAACCUGAUCCUCGCCGCGGCGGGGCGGAUGCAGGGCUGCGAGGGGCGAAAGCUAGACGAAGACGAGCUCUGCGACGACGUCUGCGGCGGCCUGUACGAGGGGUACGACGACUCGGCGGCGCGCGGGCUGCUCGUCUGGAGUGAUCCGUGGCGCGUGAGCAGUUGGGAGAUUUCGCCUGGUUUUGCGGCGAAGUGGGGGUUCCUGCUCCGCGGAUGCAGGGAGAUGGUGGAGAGCACGAAUCGGUGGCGCGAAGCGAGGGGCGAGGAACCGCUGGUGAUAGAGGUGGAGUAG